GCGAGCGGCGAUGGCGGCGCUGGGCGGGCGCGGGCGGGCGGCGGCAGCGCUGCUGUGCCGGGCACCGGGAACGGGAGCGGCACCGCGCCGGCACCGGCACAAGGAGAAAUGGGCCGCCACAGCCCCGCGCAUCCCGUCCACGCGGCUGGCGCUGCACCACUUCGACACGAGCUACGGCCUGCACCUGGGCGCCCUGUGGCCCUCGGUCCGUGCUGGCCUGCUCUGCGAGCAGAAAUACGGGGCCCUCCUCAACAACUUCGCUGCUGCUGGCCACGUUCCCGAAGAGCUGGAGCUGCUCAACGCCACCGAUUUCAUUUCUGAGGCCACCCAGAAGGUGCAGCAAUGGCAGCGGGGCGCAGCUGUGGGGGAAGCGGCCCCACGGUGCCAGGAGGGCUCUGGUGAGGGCAGGACUGCGAUGCAGGCAGAAAUGGUGACACAGGCAGAGACGUCCCCACCACUUAGUGCCUCCAUCAGCUCCAAAAUCAAGUGUUACACCUUCCCCAGGGGUGACAUCACGCGCUUUCGCCCUGCACGGCCGGAUGCUCUGGGGCUCCUCGACUAUUACCUCAUGGAUGCAGCAUCUCUCCUGCCUGUGCUGGCACUCAAUGUGCAGCCAGAUGACUUUGUCCUCGACCUCUGUGCAGCUCCGGGUGGGAAGACUCUGGCUCUGCUGCAGACUGGGUUUUGUGGGCAUCUGGCAGCCAACGACGUCUCCGUUUCCCGGACAAAGAGGCUGUACCAGAUUCUCCAUAGCUAUGUCCCCAAAGAAGUCAGGGAUACUGUGAGUGUCACGUCCUACGAUGGAAGGGACUGGGACCAGGUGAAAGGAGGCACUUUCCAUAAGGUGCUGGUGGAUGUGCCCUGCACGACAGACAGACACUCUGCCAUGGAGGAGGACAACAAUAUCUUCCACAAGAGGCGAACCAAAGAGCGACAGAUGCUGCCCAUGCUGCAGCUGCAGCUGCUGAUGGCCGGGAUCCUGGCGGCGAGGCCGGGAGGAGCUGUGGUGUACUCCACGUGCUCCCUGUCCCCGCUGCAGAACGAGUGCGUGGUGGAGAGGGCUCUGGACGUGGCAGAAGCCCAGUUCAACAUCAGCCUCCACGUGGAGGGCUUGAGCCACUUCCGGACGCUCUUCCAGGACACGUUCUCCUUCUUCUCGGACUGCCGGCUCGGGGAGCUCGUCCUGCCUCACCUCACAGCCAACUUUGGGCCUAUGUAUUUCUGCAAGUUACGCCGCAUCUAGAAGGGGCAGCAGAAUCUGUCUGCUGUCAGGAAAUAGUCCAGUAUUUAAGGGAAAGCAGAACUGCUUUAUAUUUAUUUUUCUUUCUAAAAUGUCCCCAAAGGAAGCUUGAUUUUUUUACUGCACACAGGGGGAAUAAAUGAGAAAGACCUGC